UGAAUUUGUCAGAAAAAUUAAUCAUGAUCAAAAAAAUUAUUUAAAUGUGCAUUCAAUGGGUCAACAACAUUGAUGAAAUACUUUAAUUCUUAUCUAGAGUGUUUCUAAACCCAUUCAAUGUAACACAAAAUACAAAUCAACCAAGUUAUGGCAUUGAAAAAGUAUAUUCAUAAUCAAUUCAUUGCCUAUCCACACAUCAUCAAUUAAUUAAUUAAUUAAUUACAUCUUGAUUUUAAUAUAUGGUUUUGGACUUUUGUUUUAUUUAAGCUUUUGCUAGCAAAAUCAGCACACCAUAACCAAUUAACCAUCAAUAUCAAAGAGAAAUAUUAAAAUGAUAGACCUUCUCAACAAGUUAAAUAACCAGUGACAUAAAUAUAAUGAUGUUAAGAUUUACUUUUUCAUAUUACCCAUGUUACUAAGUUGAAUGAAACCUAUCAAAUAAACUUCUCAAAUGAAAAUCCAUGAAUUAAAAAGCCUUUUUGAUAAGCAAAUCUAAUACAAAUAUCAUUACUCUGUAACAAUAUUCUAAUCCUGCUAGUGAGUUCUCUAUAUAAAGCUAGCUAUACAAUACCUCAAACUCCACCACACUCAUCUUCAUCUCUUUGGCUAGUGAUUCCUCAUUCCACACAAAAUUUUUCUUUUUUCUUUUCUUUAAAGGAAAAAAAAAAAUGGCAAGCUUAAAUGGAGAAGACCAAGAAGUGAAGAGGGAGGAGAUGGCAAAGGUUACAAAAGAAGUCACACUGAAUGAAGAAAAGACUAUGAGAUUGAAGAUGACAAAUCAAGAAAGGAAAUGACAACCAAAGUUGGGAAAAUUACUAUGAAUGAAAAUGUAGUGGAAGAGAAUACCAAAAUGAUAGAUGAAAAGAAUGAUGAAAUAGAAGAAGAGGUAAAGAUGGAGGUGGAGAUCAAAACAGGAGUUUCAUUCCCUGUGAAAUUGAAUGAUGGGAAGCAGCUCAACACUAUGGGAAUCAGAAAGAAGAAAAUCCUAGCUCUUGGUGUCAACAUAUAUGCUUUUGGGAUAUAUGCUGAUAAUAUGAAGCUGAAGGAGGACUUGAAAGCCAAAUUUGGAAAGGCACCAGAAAAGGCCAACAAAGAAUUAUAUGAUGCUGUGAUCAACACUGAUGUUGGGAUGACUGUGAGGCUUGUUAUUGUCUAUGGAAGCCUAACUAUGAGCAUGGUUAGGAAGAACUUUGAUGAGGGGCUUGGAGCUUCACUUAAGAAACUAAAUGGUGGCCAAAAGAAUGAAGAUCUUAUCAACAAGUAUAACACAUUUUCUGAUUUACUAUAUACCUAUCUCGCUAUGAUUUAUAUUUCACAAAUUCACAUUUAUAAACUCUAUGACAAUCAGAAAUUAAAAUAUCAUUCAUCUAUCUAUAAAUUUUCCAUAUAAGGACAAUAUUGGU